UAGAACGUUUUUCGGUUCCAGGAAAUUUCGUAAGCCCCGAAUCGGGAAUGGCGUUGCCGGCGCUGUUUCAGUAUCUUCGGAGAAGCUAGCUCGAGCGGGACCGUGACGCGAUCAAACGGGGUUACACGAUGGGCAAGAAAUUAGCCUUCCUACUGUGGUUCGUGCCGCUAUUGCUUGCCGGAGUAACCGAAGGAGCACCGUUAGAUGUGGAAGUUCAGCCAGCAGACGUGGCAGCAGAAGAGGCGGGCGGCCAUUUCCAGGGGGACAUAAUCUUGGACAGUAACCAGGAGGAAAUACUGUCAACCGGGCGCUCUGCCCUCAUUGGGGCGUCCUAUCGGUGGCCAUCGCAAAUCGUUUACUAUUACAUCACUCCGGGACACUUCACCACUUCCCAGCAAAACAGCAUCAUCGCGGCCCUAGACGAACUGAUGGCCAACAGCUGCGUCAAGUUUGUGGCCCGUACCACCCAGACGGACUACGUCAGAGUGACGGGCGAGUACAGCGGUUGCUGGUCGUACCUAGGCCACGUCGGAGGGGCGCAACAGUUGAACCUGCAGCCGAACGGAUGCAUGAGCAAGGGUACCAUCAUGCACGAGUUCCUCCACGCGUUGGGUUUCGUACACAUGCAGAGCUCCUCGGAUCGGGACUUUUACGUGAAGAUCAACUGGGGUGCCAUCCAGGGCGGAAAGGAGUCCAACUUCUAUCGGUACGACUCGACGGUCAUCAACGAUUUGGGCGUCCCGUACGACUAUAACAGCGUGAUGCACUACCGGGCGGAUGCGUUUACUAGCAAUGGGGACGCUACGAUCAUUCCUAUUGAAUCCGGGGUUACGAUUGGGCAACGGGUCGGUCUGAGUUACAAGGACAUCAAACGUUUGAACCUUUUGUAUCCAACGUGCAAUAAUUGAGCGGUUGAUUAUCCGCAUUAGUAGUGGUAAGGUAGAGUUAAGACAAUUGUGAGCUGUUUCAAUAAAUAUACAAUUACGCUAAUUAGGGUGGUGGGGCA